GAGAAAAAUGUGCGUGCAGAAGGGAGCAAUGCAAUGAGGCAUGACGACGAAGCUCACCUGAACGGAGAUCUGGCAAUUCGAACGACGAAAUCGAUGGAUCACUAACUGAUUCAUGGCAUCCCCUGCCUGCCCUGCGUCGGCUGCAAUGGCAUCCAGCCCCACCGCCGACGCAUCUCCCUUGCUGCCCGGCCCUCCCCCCAAGCGCUCUCUGCGGGAGGUCAUCACGGCGUGGCUCAUCACAAUGAGGGUCCGAUUUCACGACAGUGCGAUGGAGGCUGCCUACCUCAACCAGGACCCCAGCAGCGUCUUCUACGGGCUCUACACAUUGCACGGGAUGAUGUGCGUCUUCUCGCUGGCGAGGUCGGUGGUGUUGGCGCAGAGCAUGCCUGGAUGGGGCACGGUGCCCACACUGGUGGCCCUCUAUGCGCACAUCGGCCUCUGGAUCAACGGGCUCACAGUUAUCAACGCCCUGUGCGUCAUGGGGUUUCUCAAGAGCCCAUGGUCUGUCGGCACGCACCUCAAAGCGGAGACCAUCUUACACAUGCGAGGACGCAGACGGAUGCACACACACUUUCGACUGCCGUGUUCGUGUGUGUGUGGUGUUUAGGUUAAUGAUCAACCUGGUCCACAGCGACCACCUGAGGGCAACGAUUUGGGAUGCUUUAUCGGUGAUCAUUCCCUUGGGCCGUUUGUGGCCGCUGAUGUGCAACUGCACCUUCACCCUCAUGCUGCCGCCGCCACUCAUCACUCUCCCCUUCCGCGUCUUUGUCGUCGGCGUGACCUUCGCCUGGUGCAUCCUCCUGGAGUGCACGUGCCCACAGACUCUCAUGGACAGCGGUGUCACGCGCACGCAGGUCAUCAACGGGUACGUGAUCGUCAUCUACCCCAUCCUAUGCAUCUUGUAUCGCGACUACCAGCUGGAGACCUACUCACGGGCGCUUUUUGAACAAUCAUGCAAGACGACCAAAGAGCUGCAGUUCCUGGGAGCGAUCUCCAACGACACUGUAUUACUCACAGACGGCAAGAACAGGUGCGUGUCGCGGCUAGACGGGCGCCUGGAGGGCAGUCCCUCCAUCUAUGACUUCGUGCACCUCGACGACCGUGACAGCGUGGAGGAGCUCUUGCGUGACCCGCCGCGUGUGUCGUCGUCGAUGAGCCAGGAGGAUGGGGAUGAGGGCUUCAAGUCGGAGACGGUGCGCAUGGUGUUGCCCAAGAAAGGCGCCAGACACUCUUCGAGCAACUGCGGCGGGCCGCAUGGCCCAGCAGGUGUGAAAGAUAGAUGUGUUGCCUGCCAUCCACGCAGUGGUGGCCAGUGGAAGGGCGGUGCCUCGUGCGUCUUUGUGUGUGUGGUGCAGACUAUCGUCACAUGGAGGUGUAUGUCCGUUCGUUGAGAGAUGAGGAGAUGCUCGGCCGCCAGUGUCUUGUAUGCCUGCGCGACGUGACACAGAUCACGCGCGAAAGGCAGAAGCUGGCCAUGCUGCUCGAGGCUGUCAGCCAGCGGCUGGGCAUCGUGGCCUGGGGGUCAGCAAGCGACACACACAAAACACCACCAAUACGUUCUUCAUUCAUUGUGUGUGGUUGUUCCCCUGGGUGUCCAGAUGCGACUGCGUGUGUACCCCGGGAGACGACAACGCCCAAUGCGGCGAGGCCGUGUUCUUCGGGACAGUCUAUGAAACCGUCACUGGCAAAAAGUACGCAGAUGGAUCUACUGGAUACUCUGUAUGUCCUGCAUGGUCUGGUCGGUUCAUUGAUUCACUGCAGGCCGCCGGACCCCUCCACGACUCCCAAGUCGGCCUCUCCCCCUUCCCCGCUUCACCGCCCCACCAGCGCGACGACGGCCGUCCCGCCCGCCGACCUUCCACCGCCGUUUGAUGCCAUACACGAGAGGCCAUCGCACGCCUACCUGGAGCCGCCAGACGACUGGGGCAACCGAUCCAUCGACAGCGAGGAGCCGGUGUCACAGCUGUCCGCCGGGUCAACCGCCAUCAGAGAGUACAUGGCCCUCAUAAGGCGGAGGGUCGGGGUGAUGGACCCGCUGAUUUCUGUUGACGACGAUUUGCAGCCCUGCUAUGGCUUGCAAGCGCCCCUGCCACAAAUGCAGCCACAGCAGCAGCCACAGCAGCGACGGGCGUACUCAGCAGUCGAUGUUCGUUGCGUGUCCCGCAGCAGCAGCGGCUGCAGCGGCAUACGGCCGCUUGAGGGAGACGCUGCGGUGGCCGCUGAGCGAUGUGUGGAUGGGUGCGAUGCCCCCCCGGCCAGGCGGGACAGCGACGGUAACUUCUGGACCAGCUGGAUGCAGCACUUCGCAGAACCGGGACGGUCCAAGCUGCAGGAAGCAUUCGGGGUGAGUCACACACACACACAGACACGCACAAAGCAGGUAUACUGACUGUGUGUGUGCGUGUCUGUGUCUGGGCCUGGGCCUGAGUUCAUUCAGCGUCUGUGCCACAAUAAAGAGUCUUUCUUAAUGGACCUCCAGUACGAGACGCCACAGGGCGGAGAGAUUAGGUACGUAGCAUGCAUGAUAACGUGGCACAGUCUUGCAUAUGUGGGCUGUGUGUGUGUGUGUGCAUGUUUUUCCAGGUCGUUUAAGGUGGGCGGGCAGGCGGAUCCCGCCUGCCCUGACUUUGUGUGGGGCCUCUUCCAGGACACCACGUCGUAAGUCAGACCAUCACCACACACACACAAAUGGACAUCUAAUUGUGUAUUGUGUUUCAACCUCUCUCUCUGUCUGUGCCUUCUGAUGUGGUUCAGAGAGCGUAUGCGUGAGCUGUCGACGCUCAAUUUGACGCAGUGGCUGCAGCGGCUGGUCGAGACGCACUUCGCCGGAUGGGGUGUGGCUGAGAUCCAGGACACGGGCACCAUCACACAGAGCUCAGCCACACUGGACGCCCUGCUGGGCAGAACCGUUCAGGUCAGUCAGUCAGUGGUGGGAUUGACAUCCAGACAAGCGUCCACCCACACAUCCAUCCAUCCCAUGUUUCCCGUCUGUGCAGGGUUCGAGUGCUCGUGUGGUGUUGAGCAGCGACGCCCUCCAGAUCUUGCGGGCGCACGGGUCCUUCAAAGACCAUCCGCAGGAGGUGAGCCUGGCAGAGAGAGAGGGAGGGACAGAGGGAACAGUCAAAGAGAUGCAUUAGUAGAGGCCACUGACAUCUGUUUUGUGUGUGUAUGUGUGUGUGUGUGUGUAAGCUCCGUGUGGCUUUCACUGGCCGUCGCAUUGUCCACCGUCUUCGGCUGACGGCCUUCGUGGAUCGAGAAGGUAACAAAGCGAACAUCCACACGCACUUGGUCAAGUCCCUGUGCGCGCCUGUCUAUAGAUCCCGCGCUUGUCGUCUUUGGCCUACGUGUUGAGGAGACCCGUCGGUUCCCUCCUCCGGUCAACACCCGCUGCGACGACAUCGUGCUGCCCAUCGACAGCCCUGAUGACCUCCAGCUGCCCGUCUCGUCGCCGAGAAUGCCCAUCGUGCCGCCGCGGUUCGAUGUGCUGGGCAGUGGGGAUGGGGCCGGGCUGGUGGAUCAGCCGGUGAGGGUCAUCAUUCCACCCUCUUACCAACCGGACGACCCGUGAAGUGCAUGUGUGUGUUUUGUGGAUGUCUGUGUGUGUGCGUGUGUCAUGGUGUGUGUGGAGCGGCGCGUCGCCAAUGAGUGAGUCGGUGGUAGUGAGCCAGCGCACCCUGCGUGUGGGGCGUUGUGUGGCGAGUGAGGUUUGAAGGUUCGAGUUGGUUUAUUGUAGGGCCUAUGGGAGUCACGCCUGUGCUAGUCUGCGCAGAGAGGUGCAUUGACUGCAUGUGGUGGUUUCGUGGUCGAGUUGAUGUGGUGUGAUGCACGUUGAGAUUUCCCUCCCUCCCUCCCUCCCUCCCUCCCGUGUGUGUGUGCGUGCAUCGAUGGAUGGACGGAUGAAGGGAUAGCUCAGUGGAUG